CAGAUGCGAGAACUCAUAUCCCCGCGCUGCUUCCAGAUCGUCCGGUGGCGGAACGGCGGCAUCGUCCUGGAGAAGGAGGGGAAAGAGGCCUUAUUAUAAAGAUGCGCGGCUCGUCCUGCACUUAACACACCCCAUCUCUGGUUGGAUUGCCAUCUUGACACUCCAACUACCCAUCUCCGAGAAGAAAUUGCAUCAAAGAUGGGUCUUCUCACCUUGGUUGAAGACAGGCCGACGCCCAAGGCCGUGUACAACUGGCGUGUGUACACGUGUGCGGCGAUUGCCUCCUUUGCAUCAUGCAUGAUUGGCUACGACAGUGCAUUCAUCGGCACCACUCUCGCUCUUCCUUCCUUCGAAGAUGAAUUCGGCUUCGAGAACUUCUCCGACUCUCACUUGGCCUUUGUCAAGUCGAACAUCGUGAGCGUGUACCAAGCGGGCGCAUUCUUUGGAUCUCUCUUCGCCUAUGCCUCCGCCUUCUACCUCGGACGCAAGAAGAGCUUAUGGUGCUUCUCUCUCGUCUUCCUUCUCGGCGCAGGGAUGAUGCUGGGUGCCAAUUCACAACGCGGACUCGGCCUCAUCUAUGCCGGUCGAGUCCUAGCCGGCAUUGGCGUCGGUGGAUGUUCGAUGACGGUCCCCAUCUACAUUGCCGAACUUGCUCCCCCCGCUAUCAGAGGGAGACUCGUUGGUAUCUACGAGCUGGGCUGGCAGAUCGGAGGCCUUGUUGGCUUCUGGAUCAACUACGGCAUCUCCGAAACAUUGGCACCUAGCAACACGCAAUGGUUGAUCCCCUUCGCCGUCCAGUUGAUUCCCGGCGGCCUUCUCUUCUUGGGCACCUUCUGGAUCAAAGAGAGCCCGCGCUGGCUGCUUUCAAAGAAUCGUCGGGAGCAAGCGCUAAAGAAUCUGUGCUGGAUUCGCAACCUCUCGCAGGACGAUCUAUACAUCGUUGAGGAAGUGGCCUUCCUCGACGCCGCGUUGGAAGAGCAACAGAUGGCGAUUGGCAUGGGCUUCUGGAAUCCCUUCAAGGCUGUUGCGAAGAGCCGAAAGGUGCAAUGGCGAUUCUUCCUCGGUGGCAUGCUGUUCCUCUGGCAGAACGGCAGUGGGAUCAAUGCGAUCAACUAUUACUCUCCGACUGUCUUCCACUCCAUCGGCAUCGCGGGCACAAACACCACCUUCCUCACCACCGGCAUCUUCGGCGUUGUCAAGACUUGCCUUACCCUGAUCUGGCUCUUCUUCCUCAUUGACCGCCUCGGACGCCGCAAGCUCCUGAUGAUCGGCGCGGCUGGAGGUUCGGUAUGCAUGUGGAUCAUCGGCGGCUACAUUUCCACCAUUAAAAUCGCCUCCUCCAAGGACACAGUGACCCAGCCACUCAGCUCGGGCGGCGUGGCCGCGGUCUUCUUUUUCUACCUGUGGACCGCAUUCUAUACUCCAUCGUGGAACGGCACUCCAUGGGUCCUCAACUCGGAGAUCUUCGAUCAAAGCGUGCGUUCUCUGGGUCAAGCGUCUGCGGCGGCCAACAAUUGGUUCUGGAACUUCAUCAUCAGCCGCUUCACGCCCCAGAUGUUCUUGACCAUGGGCCGCAACGGAAGUGGAGUCUACUUCUUCUUCGCUUCGAUGAUGAUCUUGUCCAUCUUCUUCGUCUUCUUCCUAAUCCCCGAGACGAAGGGUAUUCCGCUCGAAAGCAUGGACCGUCUAUUUGAGAUCAGGCCGGUCUGGAGGGCUCACGAUCAAAUCCAUGACGAGGAUCUAUUGCGAGAGCACGAGUUCCGCCAGGAUGCCGAUGGGGCGGGAUUGAGCGUUGCAAAGGAGAAGCUCCAAACAUUGGAGAGAGCAAGCUCCGUUGCGUAGUCGUCUCAUAGAAACCGCCAGAUAUAUAUAGCGUUCAGACGAUAUCACGAAAAGAAAUACGGUCUCGAGAGAA